AUGGCGGCGCUGGCAGAGGAGCCGGCGGAGGCAGUCACUGUGAAGCCAGACCCGGACGCGGGAGCGCCGCCACCGCCGCCUCCCGCUGUCCCUCAGGCCCCGACGCCUCCCGCCGGCCCGGCCCCUUCCCCUGUGGCUCCCGCCUCCGACGCGGAGCCGCUUCCGACGGCAGGCGCCGACUCCAAGCCCCCGGUGGCUCCCAGCCCUGCCGCCAGCGCGGCUCAGCUGCCCACCGACCGUCAGACGCUCCUGGCCGUGCUUCAGUUUCUGCGGCGAAGUAACCUGCGCGAGUCUGAGGAGAUCCUGCGCAGGGAGGCCCGGCUGCUGGGCGACGAGGGCGACCCCUCGGCUGGUGCUGCUGCUUCCUCGGGCGGAGGGGAAGGGCAAGAGGCCGGCCUCGCCGAUGUCGCCUUCGGGCAGAGCGCGGCCUCCCUCCCCCCGGCCGCCGCCGCUUCCACGCCCUCCGCAGCGCCGCCGCCCAAAGUUAGUGUCCUUGUGGAAGAUCAACCAGAUGUCAGUGCAGUGCUGUCUGCCUACAAACAACAAGGAGACCCAGCGCUCUAUGAAGAAUACUACAGUGGACUGAAACACUUUAUUGAAUGUGCUUUGGACUGUCAUCGAGCUGAGCUGUCACAGCUUUUUUACCCUCUCUUUGUACACAUGUACUUGGAACUAGUCUACAAUGGGCAUGAAAAUGAAGCAAAGUCGUUCUUUGAGAAAUUUCAUGGGGAUCAGGAAUGUUAUUACAAUGAUGACUUGCGUGUCUUAUCGAGUUUAACCAAAAAGGAGCAUAUGAGAGGAAAUGAGACAAUGCUGGAUUUCCGAACAAGCAAAUUUGUGCUACGCAUUUCCCGAGACUCUUAUCAGCUCUUGAAAAGACAUCUUCAAGAGAAACAGAACAAUCAGAUCUGGAAUAUUGUUCAAGAACAUCUUUACAUUGAUAUUUUUGAUGGAAUGCCUCGUAGUAAACAACAAAUAGAUGCUAUGGUGGGAAGUCUGGCAGGAGAGGCGAAACGAGAGGCUAACAAAGGAAAGAUCUUCUUUGGCUUAUUAAAAGAACCAGAAAUUGAGUUUCCUUUGGAUGAUGAAGAUGAAGAGGGGGAAAAUGAGGAAGGGAAACCGAAGAAGAAGAAGCCAAGAAAAGACAGCACUGGAUCAAAAAGUAAAAAGCAAGACCCAAAUGCUCCUCCUCAGACUAGAAUCCCCCUUCCUGAGCUGAAGGAUUCUGAUAAGCUGGAUAAAAUAAUGAAUAUGAAGGAAGCCACUAAACGUGUACGCCUUGGUCCCGACUGCUUGCCAUCCAUUUGUUUUUACACAUUCCUUAAUGCCUAUCAGGGCCUGACAGCAGUCGAUAUUACAGAUGACUCUAGCAUGAUCGUUGGAGGCUUUGCUGAUUCUACUGUCAGAGUAUGGUCUGUGACACCCAAAAAGCUACGUAGUGUGAAAUCAGCAACAGAUCUCAGUCUCAUAGAUAAAGAAUCCGAUGAUGUUUUAGAAAGGAUAAUGGAUGAAAAAACAGCAAGUGAGUUGAAGAUUUUAUACGGUCACAGUGGACCUGUCUAUGGUACCAGCUUCAGCCCUGAUAGGAACUAUUUACUAUCAUCUUCAGAGGAUGGCACUAUCCGGUUAUGGAGUCUCUUAACGUUCUCUUGUCUGGUGGGCUACAAGGGACACAACUACCCUGUAUGGGACACACAAUUCUCUCCAUAUGGAUAUUACUUUGUCUCUGGUGGUCAUGACAGAGUGGCUCGCUUGUGGGCUACUGACCACUACCAGCCGUUGCGGAUCUUUGCUGGCCAUCUUGCAGAUGUUACGUGUACACGUUUUCACCCAAACUCAAACUACAUUGCCACAGGCUCAGCAGAUAGGACUGUGCGGAUUUGGGACAUCCUGACUGGGAAUUGUGUAAGAAUCUUCACAGGACAUAAGGGACCUAUACAUUCUUUAGCAUUUUCUCCUAAUGGAAGAUUCUUGGCAACAGGGGCAACAGAUGGAAGAGUGCUUCUGUGGGAUAUUGGCCAUGGCUUGAUGGUGGGAGAGUUGAAAGGACACACAGAAACAAUCUAUGCACUCAGGUUUAGUAGAGAUGGAGAGAUCUUAGCAUCAGGUUCAAUGGAUAAUACAGUGAAGCUUUGGGAUGCUGUGAGAGCCUUUGAGGACUUAGAAACAGAUGAUUUCACUACAGCCACUGGACAUAUAAACCUGCCUGAAAGUUGUCAGGACUUGUUGUUGGGCACAUACAUGACCAAAUCAACCCCUGUCACACACAUUCAUUUUACUCGCAGAAAUUUGCUUCUUGCUGCUGGUGCAUACAGUUCUCAAUGACCCAUCAAACUGAAAGACUUGAUAGUAUGUGUUUUGCAAAGAUCAUUUAAUUACUUGCUUUAUUGAAGAUCACAGUAAUUGUACAAAUGAACUGGUCUGCUGGAGCAAACACUGUGCACUAUGACCUAAGGAACAUUUUCACUAAAGUGUAUUCAUAUCCUUUGUGCAAACCGAAGAGAGGAAUCUUAGUAAAAAAGCUGAAGUUUAAUAUGAGAAAAAUGCUCAAUUUCAUCCAAUAAUGGGAAUGGGCACUGUAAAAGAAUAGUGCAGGUAGGUUUGGGUGUAUAAUAUUUGAGUAAUUCUGUAAAAGCACUUAAUUUGGCAUUAGUACAGACUUGACCAGUACACCAAGCUUUCUUUAUCAGUAAGAUUUGUUAAAGCAAAGUGGCAUUUUAUAUAGAGCUAUAUGGCCUAUUUACAGGGUAAAUAGGAGGUCUGGGGGAUUACUAGAUUACUCAAGAAAACCUAAUUUAUUGAAAGCUGAAGAGUACUGAUUGAAGCAGUGCAUAAAGUAGAAAAUCAUUAAAAUUUGAGUGCUAUUUUAAGAGGACACCACAUUAUUUGAAACUUUUUAAAUGGAGAAGUUGCUGACUUAACAAUUCUGGCCGCUUAAUACAGAAGUACAGCUUACUUCCCCAGAACUCCUGUUUUCCUCGGGUGCUUGCCAUUAUGGAAAAGAUAUUGUAUUCUGACUAAGUCAGUAACUUUCAUCAAGUGAAACAUAUGUGUAAAAACAUCCUGCCAUGGACUUUGCAUUUUGUACAGUUUUAUACUUUUUAUAUUUUAUAAUAAAAAUUAUGUUGUAAAUAGCUUUCCA